UGCGUGCAAGGGUAAAGGGGAUUUUAUAUUCUGGAAAAGUCUGCUGCCUCCCAUCUGUUCCUGGGGACCAGUCUGCGUGGAGUUCACCUUCCAGGCUAAAAUACCUGCCAAGAUGCUCCACUUGCAGGGUCCACAGAUGCUGCAGAUGCUAGAAAAAUCCUUGAGGAAGAGCCUUCCUGAGUCCUUAAAGGUUUAUGGGACCAUCUUCCACAUGAACCAGGGAAACCCAUUCAAGCUAAAGGCUCUGGUGGACAAGUGGCCUGAUUUUAAUACAGUAGUUGUCCGUCCUCAGGAGCAGGACAUGGUAGAUGACCUUGAUCACUACACCAAUACUUACCAAAUCUACUCCAAGGACCCCAAGAACUGUCAGGAAGUGCUUGGCUCGCCAGAAGUCAUCAAUUGGAAACAGCAUUUGCAGAUCCAAAGUUCCCAGUCCAACCUGAAUGAGGUGAUACAAAAUCUCGCAGCCAGCAAAUCCUGCAAAGUCAAGCACACAGAGCGCUUUCUCUAUGCGGAACUGGCUGACACUGUAAAGAAGCUAAUUCCUUCUCUGUUUGAUGUAAAGAACUUACCACCUGGUGAUGGCAAACCCAAGGCCAUCAAUCAAGAAAUGUUUAAACUCUCAUCCCUGGAUGUUACCCAUGCUGCCCUGGUGAAUAAAUUCUGGCAUUUUGGUGGCAAUGAGAAGAGCCAGAGAUUCAUCGAGUGCUGUAUCCAGAAGUUCCCCACGUUCUGUCUGCUGGGGCCUGAGGGGAACCCUGUGUGCUGGGGCCUGAUGGACCAGACAGGAGAGGUACGCAUGGCAGGCACCCUGCCUGAGUACCGGAAGCAGGGUCUCAUCUCCUAUGUCAUCUAUAUCCAGACCCAGGCUCUUAACAACCUUGGCUUCCCCAUAUAUUCUCACACUGACAAGAAUAACAAAAUAAUGCAGAAAAUGAAUUACAAUCUGCAUUAUAUCCACAUGCCCUGUACCUGGAACCAGUGGUACUGUGUGCCUCUGUGAUGCCGUCCUACAAACAAGUAUCAGAUGGUCCCCAACAUGUGGCUGGAGCAAUGGAUGGGUGGGUAGAGA